UGGGGUUCACCAGGGAGAUACUCUGCUCAGGAAGCGCCACUGACUUAGAACCAUGGAGAGCAGGCCUGGCUGCCCACAUUGUGUUGGAAAUGAGAGGGGUGGGUUAUCCUGGCACAGAUGUCACUCUAGUCUGGGGAAGGGCUUGGUGUUUAUCUAGAUCUGGGUGAUAGCCCACCACACUGAGAGGCAUGUUUUCUGUGAGCAGUGCCAGGGAGGGGUAUCUAAGGCCAAUGAUCUCGGUCACUGUUUCCAGCUUCCCGCCUGCUGGUUUGCCAGGGGCCAGCCCUAUCCAGUACACUGUGGGGUCUGCCCACCUUCCACCCCAGAGGCUCCUCUUUGCUCUGGCCAGCUUCCCUCUGAACCCCAGGCUGCCUUUGCACUCUUUAUUUUAUUUUUUUUCCUUUUUUUGUUUUUAACAUUAUUUAUUUGACCGAUCAUAAGUGCUCAGAGAGGUAGUCGGAGAGAGGGGGAAGCAGGCUCCCCACUUAACAGCCCAGUGUGGGGCUCAAUCCCAGGACCCUGAAAUCAUGACCUGAGCCAAAGGCAGAGGCUUAACCCACUGAGCCACCCAGGCGCCCCUGCCUCUGCAUUUUGUGUACUAGUCAGGACUGCAGCAACCAUGAGUACCCACAGAGCCCUUGCUAUAUCAGGUUCAUCUGAUUCCACCAGUAGCUUGAAAGUGUAUUCGUGAGGUGAUGGAAGACUUGGGUGGUGGGUUGUUAUUGCCCACCCAUGGGGCCAGACUCACUGGCCUGUCCUCUGUGCCAUCUAUCACCUUCCUGCCACCCCCGACAUCCGGCCAACGUCAGGCUUGGUGUUCAUCCUGGAGGGACCUGUCUCGCGGGCGGGCCAGGCAGUCAGACAAGUCUGACAGGUACCUUGGGAACCUGGGAUCUAGAGGGAGUGGUACCAAGGCAGCACCUUCCUGCAGGGAGGGGCACCUAGUAGGCAGCUGCUGGUAGGCAGAGUACUGGGGUCAGAACUGGCAGGGACGUGUCCAGCAGAGGGAGGUGGCAGCAACAGGUCCUGUCCGGAUGCCCUGCCCUCGGCUGCCCUGGCUCCGCCGCCCCCGGGCCCCUCAGGGCUCAGGCCCCAGCUCCCCGAGCUCACUCUCUGCGCCCCGCUCACCCGGCAGGGAGGAGGGCCAAGACGACGGCGAGGAGGAGGACGGGGAUGGCAGCCCCGGCUCGGGCCCCAUCCUGACUGCUGCAUCCCCCGUGGAGUGUCUAAUUUGCGUGUCACCCUUCGAUGGUGUCUUCAAGCUGCCCAAGCGCCUGGACUGUGGCCACGUCUUCUGCCUCGAGUGCCUGGCUCGUCUGUCCCUUGCCACGGCGGGGGGCGGCGACGCGGUGGCCUGUCCGGUGUGCCGCGCGCCCACGCGCCUGGCCCCGCGCCGAGGGCUGCCCGCACUGCCCACACAACCGGGCCUGCUGCCCCGCGACGCGCGUGCGCCCCUGCCGCGCCAGGGCUCUGUGCGCUUCGACCGUCGCCGAGGCCUGCUGUACCUGCGCCCUCCGCCGCCACCGCCGCCUGGGCCGCGCAAGUCCCGAGCCGUGCGCCCGCCGCCGCCGCCGCCGCCGCUGCGCCUCGGCCGCCCGCUGUCUCGCCGCCUCUCCCUGACCAGCCCAGCCUGGGCCUUCAACGCCGCGGUGGCACUGGCGGUGCUGGUGGCCGCCGGCCUCGUCGUCUCGGGCGUCUACAUCUUCUUCCUCAUCCCCCACGCCGCCUCCUCCGGCCCCGUGCGGCCCCAGCUCGUGGCGCUUGCCCCGGCGCCCGGGUUCUCCUGGUUCCCGCCGCGGCCCCCGCCGGGGACACCCUGGACGCCGCGCCCCGUGGGUCCUGACCUGGACACCGCCCUGCCAGGGGCUACGGAGGACGUGCUGGAGCCCGAGGCGGGCUCUGAGGAUAAGGCGGAGGUCGAGGGGACGUUGGACCAGUCCCCGGACCGCGUGUGGGGAGCAGAAGCCGGCUGGGGCUGGGCCCCACAGGGACCGGGCGGGAGGAAGGUGUGGGCGCCGCGGUAAAUGCAUCCGUGUUGCAGGUCUUGUCUCCAGGGCUGGGGUCCUCCGUGUCCUCCUGGUGGGGCCCUGCCAGGAUCGCUUGCCCUGGUCCUCAGGGAGGCCUUACCAAGGUGCUUGGAAAGCACCCAUUUCUCCGAGGGAGGCCUAGUGAGAUCGUUCCAAGCGUCAUCACGAAGGAGCAGGGCCCCUCUCAAGGAGCAACCUCGGCCUUCAUUCCCACAAGGGCCCUCUGGGAGCACCCAUAACCCGGAGCAACUGUAGGCAUCAAGCUGAGGCUGUCCUGAGCCCCUCUUUGCGAAGGUCCUUCUGGGAGGCACUCCUAAACCUGAUCUCCAUGAGGGCCCGGUUGGGAGGACCCUUGAUCCUCAUCCCCGCAAGAGUCCAGCUGGGGAGCCCCUCGGACCAACAUUGGGUAGGUACCCUGCACAGGACCCCAUUAGCCCCUCCGGAGGAUCCCACUGAGCGCACCCCCAGUCAUCAUCAGACCCCGGGGGGAGAACCCUCAGCUGGCAGCUGGGGGGAAGCCUCUGAUUUAGUCAUCCUGUGGGCUCACUGCAGGUGGCUGGAGCCCCCAGUCUCUGGUGGUGAAGCUGCUACUGCUGUUGGCCUCUGGCCAUGCCCCUCUGCGGGGCCCAUCGCAGUCCUCCCCACACCCACACCCACACCCACCCCCACCGGGGCUGUGGAGUUUAUUUUCCAGUCUGCUGCCUGCAGGUUGGGUGUGGAUGGGAUCCAGCUAUUUCCAAGCUGGUCCUGGGUUGUCUGCACUCAUGGCUGGGGCUUGGGCUUGAAGGGGGAGGGGUGGCCAGGCCAGGGUUGAGGAGGGACAUAUAGGGCCUGAGCCUCCACGAUUAGCUCCCACUUAGUUCUGAGCAUCAAUCUGCAAGCAGGAGCCUCGACUACUGUUUGGGUCGUGGCUUCUGGGGUCCUGAUAUGCUGUGGGGCAGCUGUGGUCACCAAGGCUCAUUCAAGGUUGCCCUCUAGGUCAGGGCCACAUGAUUUGGGGGGUGGGUGCUCCUGGAUCUCGCUGGCCCACUUGGAGACAUCCUGGCCUCUCUCCCUGGGUGCUAGAACCUCCAUAACCCCUAUUUCCAUUCAUUAAUUUCUCGAGACCAAUUAUUACACGUCUCCUCCAGAGCUCCAUCAACUUUUUUUGGCAUCCCUGUUGUACCCUGAGGUGAAGCCUCAGCCUUGGGCAGCAGCCUACAGGGAGGGCAGCUCUUGGGUUCCUGUCCUCCUCCUCUCAGAAGCCUUCCUGGGUCAGUCAUCACAGGGUAGAUGGCUGCCACCCUCUACACAGACUGAACACAGGUCUUCUGUUUCCCCCAAGGCUCUGGAGCCCACAUCCUUCCUCACUUGGCCCAGAUUUGAGGUUCCAUGUUCUGUGGCUGGGAAUCUGACAUUUUCCAGAGAGAAAUGUAACUUCUAUGGGACUGGGGGUUCUCAUUUGAUCUGUUUACAUGUGUGUUCUCAGUGCCUGGCACACGGGGGGUGCCAAAUAGUUUUCUGGGGAGUGACGGCAUUGCGGGUGACCAAGAGGCACUCUAGGAAUGCCUGUGGUCACUCUGGGCUCAACUAGCUUGGAGCCACCCUGGUCGAGGCAUGUCGAGCUUGGAGCCACCCUGGUCGAGUUCCUUUCGAUGGGAGCUGCUGCUUCCAGUUGGAAAGCCAGAGGGGGAUCAUCAGGACAUCCAAGGGAGUGUGUUUCCAGACCAGUUCUUGUCCCACACCCAGGUGCCAAUGUCACCCACAGUGACUGAGAGCAGGGUGCUGGGUCACUGGGCAGCCCUAGCCCCGCCCACACAGGGAGGGGACUUGGUCAGGCUGGAGCAGUGUUGGUGGUCUAGGUUAGUGUCUGCUAACUGCUGCAACAGAGAACUCAGACUAAUUCUUCACAGUUCUGCAGGCCAGGAGUCUUGAAAUCAUGUUUACCUGGCUAAAAUCAAGUGUUCUUGGGGCUAGCUUCUCCGGAGGCUCCAGGAGAGAAUUUCCUUCGCUUUUCAUCUUCAAGACCUGCAUUCCUUGGCUUCUUCCUCUAUCUUCAUAUUUUAUUAUUAUUAUUUUUUUAAGUAAUCUCUACACCCCAUGUGGGACUCAGACUCACAAUCUCAAGAUCAGGAGUCCCAUGCUCUACUGACGGAGCCGACCAGGUGCUCUGUCUUCCUCUGUCUUCAAAGGCAGCAGCAUCGUGGCUAGAAAGCUCUGACUGUCCUGCCUCCUGCUUUCACUUGUAAGGGUAUUGUGAGAACUUGAGCCCGCCCUGAUAAUCUGGGAUAAUUUCCAGAUCAGCAUCUUAAUUUAAUCACAUCUGCAAAGUCCAUUUUGCUAUCUAAGUAGCAGAUUGACAGAUGCUGGGGUUUAGGACCUGGCUAUCUAUGGGGACCAUUAUUCACCUCACCAUAGUGUCUCAGGUAUCCUUCUUCUCAUCCCUUCCCUCCUCCACCCAAGAUUGGGAGAUUGGGGGGUGGCAAAAGUUGGGCCCAGCCAGGAGAGUAAGAAAGGGGCCCUUAGCUGGUGGUGCCCAGAGAGGGGAGAGAAAAUGGUCUCUGCCUGAGGGUGUUCAAGAAAGGCUGCCUGGAAGAAGACCCGCAUCUUCGAAACAGCUGGUAUUAAAGGCAGAAGGAGCUGGGGCAGUAAGCAGGUGACUGAGGGCACUGGCAGGGCUGACCAUCCCACACCCCAGUCCUAGCUAGCUUCCUCCCAGGGGUUAGGGAAGGUUCGGCUUCUCCACUCUCCCAACUGGGAGACUGAAACUUCAGUCUCUCCUUCCUUACAAUGAGCCUGAUGACAGAUCCCAGGGGUCCUGAACAUUCCUGUCUGCUAAUUACUACCUUGAUGACUACCCGUCCACAAAGGGGCCGUCCAAAACCACCCUGGGGCCGGUAUCAUGGAUCCUCUGCCCCAACCUUUCCCACCAGCCUCUGUGGCCACCUAGAGCCAUGCCCUCCCCACCCUCCCUCUGCCCACUUCAGCCCUGCUGCAUAACCACCCCUCAUCUGUCGCAGGCUUGUGAAUACCCAGAGAGGGGAGUCAAUCUCAUUGCCUGGCAUGGUGCCAGAGAUGCCAGACUUUGGUUCUCUCUUCUGUAAGAUGGGUGACAAUAAACACUUUACUUGCAGGGAAAAUUAGUUAACCAAAAGUAUUUAUUGUGCACCUGCUGUAUACCAAGGGUGUGCACUGGGGACAUCACAGGAACAAGGAAGGCCCUCACAUGGCAGAUGACAUCCAGAACGCUGAGCAGAGCAACCAUCAUCUUGGCCACACUGCCUUCCCUGUCAAGUUCGUGGAGUCCCCAGUUCCCCAAAGAUUCCCCAUGUUCUCCCCCCAGCUCUGCCUUCUUUGCCCCCGGAGGGAUGCAAGGUGCUCCGUUCUAUAGGGAUCUGGCCAGUCUCUCUUCAUGAGAAUCAAAGAUGCCUCUGCCCGCACUGCACCCAUCCCUGCCCAUCGGGGCAUCUUCUUGUGUUGAGGCCAAGGGAACAAGGGCCACCGAGGGCCUCAAUGGACCCUGAGAGCCGCAGAGUCCAGACUCUGCGGGGAAACAGAGGCUGUUGGAUUCGGCAGGGUAUGGAUUCGAACGAGGACCAGAGAGCUUCCUGCAAAACACCUUCUCCCCUCAACUCCACAGCCUGGUAGGGUGGACUUGGUUUUUUCCCCUCCUCCCCCGGUCCUGCAAUUGGAGUUCUCUCUCCACACUUGGGAGGCUUCCCCUUCUCACUAACACCCACAUGCAAACCAGGGUGGGGCUUGGGGGAACUUCUUGCAGUCCUGGCUGGGGGCUGCUUGAGUAUUGUCACAACAUGGCAAGUGGCUUCUCUCUGAGCAAGUGAGCCAAGAGGGAACAAAGCCAAAGAAGCCACAAUGCCUUUUAUAACCCGGCCACAGAAGUCAUUCUAUCAUUUCCCCCAUGUGCUAGCGGGCACCCUAUUCACUAUGGAAGGGACCUAAGUGAGUGUGUGAACAUGGACAAGGGGACUCAUGGUGGCCAUUUGGGAGGUCAGCCCUCUACCUAAAGUGGAGUCACCAGCACAGUCCUUUGUCCUCUUUAGUCGAGUGGGCCUGUGCCACACUCUUGGGCCCUCUCUCCCCAGAGAGUCCCAGGCCUUUGGUUCAGGCUGAAUCCCCAGGGUGAUGACCAUGUCACCCUUUCUGUGAGUUUGGGGGAGGCCCAGGAGAAGCCAGUGCCGGCCACAGUAGCACCAAGUAGGGACUGGGUCAGAACCAAGGACAGAAAGGGAAGAGUGACUGGCUUCAUUCCCACCUGUCUCCAGGCCCCCAGAUCUUAAGGGAGGGAGGAGACAUGGAGCUGUGGGUGUUGACGGGAGUUGGAGGGUCGAGGGGGGUGGCAUUAAAACACCUGACUCUUUUCUAGGCCCCUUACCCUCCCGUGUUGGAGGAACAGGAGUGAAGAAGCAUUGUGGUGGCUCAGACCUGGGCUAGGCACCUUCCUGAGCCGUCUGUAGUGUUUCCACAUCACCAUUGGGAGAGGGCGCACAGUGGGGAAGCAGGUGGCACGGGUGCUAGGGACCAGCUGGCCUGUUGCAGAAUGUAUCUGAGAUUGGAGCUCUCUGCAGGAAGCUGGCUCUGCUGCCUUAUUCUGUGCUGUCUGGAAGAGCCAGCUGGCACGGACCCAGAGGCUAGUGAGAUGCCAAGGCAACUUAAUCGUUUCAGAGAGGAAGCAUGACUCAUUCCAGGAUCUACUCUGUCCCACAGCCUCGGUGAGCCACUGCAGUCAGCCCUGUCCACUGUACCACUGGGCGGAAGUAGCUCUCCUGAUAUUAGUGUCAUUGUGUACCUGGAGCCCUAAUCCACACCAUAUCGUCUGUGCCAACAGUGUGAUUUGUGGUAGGGGCUGUGAGUCACGCUGCAUCAGUUUGUCCUUGGGGGGCGGGGGACAGGGACAGAGACUGGGUAACUAAGGUCAGUUACAUGGGUGCUGCACACCUUUGUUACUGUUUCCCAGUGAAAACCCUGGACACCAAGACUUAGGUGAGGACACUUGGUGGCAACACUCAGUAUGUGUUGUCAUGUAUAUUGUUUGGGAGAAGUGAGUGCGGUGUGUGACCCCACUGGGAGAGGACAGCAGGAAGCUUGUGCCUGAUCUUUCUUAA